AUGUUAGACAAAACGGAUUCCAGCGCCGUUACCUACAGAGGCGCUAUUCACGAUGUCGAUGGGGACAUGAAAAAUAUCUCAUCGGGGGAAUCAAGUCCAGCAGAUGAAGAGACAGCGAGGGAUCCCAUGGCUGCCCCAUUGAAGCGGCAGCUCAAGUCCAGGCAUCUGCAGAUGAUCGCGAUUGGAGGUAUUAUCGGACCUGGUCUGCUCGUGAGCUCCGGAAAUGCCUUGCACGAGGGUGGGCCUGCGGGAGCUUUGAUUAGUUUUUCGCUGGUCGGUAUUAUCGUCUUCUUCGUCAUGCAAUCGCUGGGCGAGAUGGCUACUUUGAUACCUGUGACUGGGUCCUUCACUGAGUAUGCGGGGCGCUUUAUUGAUGACUCUCUUGCAUUUGCGUUGGGUUGGGCCUAUUGGUACUUAUGGGUUACUGUUCUCGCAAAUGAGUACAACGCUAUAUCACUAGUCAUUGGAUAUUGGACGGAUGCCGUUCCCCAAUGGGGGUGGAUUUUGAUCUUCUGGGUGAUGUUUCUUACGCUAUCGAAUCUGGGAAUCCUGGCUUAUGGCGAGAUGGAGUUUUGGCUCUCACUUAUCAAGGUAUUGGCCUUGGUUGUCUAUUUCAUCCUCGCGAUUAUUAUCAGCGCAGGCGGAAUUGGACCACGCGCUACUGGCUUCAAAUAUUGGCACAAUCCCGGAGGGUUUGCAGAUUCGAUCAAUGGUGUUGCGAAAACCUUUGUUGUUGCUGGAACUUUGUACGCUGGAACGGAGAUGGUCGGCAUCACAGCCGGAGAGUCUAAGAAUCCCUCGAAAGCAGUACCAAAGGCCAUCAGACAGGUCUUUUGGCGUAUAUUGAUAUUCUAUGUCGGUACCAUAUUCUUCAUUGGGAUGCUCAUUCCGUGGAAUGACGACAGGCUGUUGGGCUCGACUUCAAAAACAGCCAGCUCCCCCUUGACAAUCUCACUCGAGGAUGCCGGAAUCCUCCCCGCUGCCCACCUCAUCAAUGCCUUGAUCGUGAUCAGUGUUAUUUCCGCAGGAAAUAGCUCCCUAUACGUGGCAUCGAGAACAGUGCUUUUCAUGUCCCGUAAUGGGAAAGCUCCCAAGUUCAUUGGCCGGACAAAUCGCCUCGGCGUCCCAUGGGCCGGAUUGGUAUUCACCAAUGUCUUCGCAUGCAUUGUGUUCCUGGGACAGUCGUCCAGUGCCGGGAGGGUCUACUCCGCAUUGAUUACUCUUUCUGGAGUGUCUACCUUUAUUGUCUGGUCAGUGAUCGGAAUAGCGCAUAUAAGAUUCCGCAAAGCCCUGGUCGUGCAAGGUGAAGACCCGUCGAAAUUACCAUACAAGGCGCUUUUCUAUCCGUGGGGUACAUAUCUCUCGCUGGCAGCCAAUGUCUUCCUCGUUUUCUUCCAGGGAUAUACUUGCUUCCUCAAUCCGUUUAGCUCGACGGACUUUGUGAUCAACUAUAUUCUGAUCCCAGUGUUCGUGCUAUUUGUGAUUAUAUACAAGUUCUGGAACAAGACUCGGCUGGUCAAGUUGGAGGAAAUGGAUAUUUGGACUGGUCGCAGGGACCACGUGGAUGUUGAGGAGACUCAGACCGCGAAGAAACCGCGGAAGUGGUGUAGUCCGAUUACGAAUAAUUUGAAGCUGCCUUUCGAUAAUGAAACCCUGGCUGUUAUCGAAUUGGACAUAAUCUACUCCACGGAGAAGAUGGCCGAAGCUGGCAAGGUGCGAUGGACAACAGACGAAGACAAAGAGAUCUGGUCAGCACGCAGCGGGCCGGGCACGAUAGUCCCAGAGAUCUGCACGGAAACCGUCGGUACCGUCGGGGCGGGAGUGUAG